UAAUAUUAAUUACAUUCUUAUCAGUUUAUUCAUUUCUUCCCCUUGACUUUCUUCUCAAAUCCUGCGUUUCUUCACCAACAAUACAGAGGCUAUGCAAUACAGAGACUAUGUGGAUGUUUCACAUCCUCAUAGGCUGGGAAUUUUCUCCACGCCUAGAACCCUCCGAUACCUGUGCCAAUGGGUGGACUUGAGCAUUCCUGAAGCAUACCCCCGCGGGGUUAGAUUCACUUAGGGCAAGGGGUCAGCAUUCCAGGGAUCGAGAGCUUAUUGCAUUCCUUUCCAAGUCGGGAAUGAGGCGAUGGUCCCUAGACUAGAACAUGGAAUGGAGUUCAAGUAUUCACCCAGCCUCAGGGGAGUGAAAUAGUCUAUCCCAGAGUUGAAUGUUCCCUCCCACUUUCCCAUUCAACCAGUGGAUCUUGCACUUAACACACCACUAUCUUCCUCGAUAUCGUCCCAUGUUUGCUCCCCCGGUUGCCCACUUCCUAUCAAGUGCUACUUCCAGGAUCACCACUCCGUACAAGAUCCAUUCAGAGAAAUCGCUUGAUCCAACGCGUAAUCGCGAUCUUCAAUGAAGUGGAUUAUAUGUGUGCUUGCUGUGCUCCUGCUCAGCUAUCAAGUCGAGGCGCUUCCUCAUGAAGGCCGUGAUCAGCUGGUAGGCCAUGACAAGGCCACUGAUCCCGAUCCCAACAGUCUCCCGCCGUUGACGCCUAUACCUGAUCCACAAACCAACGAGCUUUUACCCGGUUUUCCUAGCAACACACGCGUCCCGACUCCCUUCGGUAUCGCGUAUGCCCCAUACAAUGGCGAUGGUACCUGCAGGUCCCGGGACGGCAUUUUUGAAGACAUGGAAAAGAUGAAUAAUCAUGGCUACGUGCGCAUCUACGGCGUCGACUGCGACCAAACCAGGCAUGUCGUCGACGCAGCUCGCCAAUACGGCAUGAAAGUCUUCGCCGGUGUCUACGACCUCCAGGACUUCCCAGACAGCCUCGACCUGAUCAUCAAUGCUGCAUCUGGAGACUGGUCCGUGAUCCAUUCCGUCAGCAUCGGCAACGAACUCGUCAACAAAGGCCAAAACCCCCAGGAUGUGGUGGACGCCGUCCACACCGCGCGUGCCAAACUCCGUGCCGCCGGCUACCAAGGCCCCGUCGUCAUAGUCGACACCUUCUCCAUCCUCCUCCGACAUCCCGAACUCUGCGAAGCCUCCGAUUUCUGUGCGGCCAACUGCCACGCCUUCUUCGACGCCAACCAGGUCCCCGAGAACGCCGGCAAUUACGUCCUCCAGCAAGCAAAUCGCAUCUCAGCCGCAGCCGACGGAAAGCGCACCAUGAUCACCGAAUCAGGCUGGCCUCACAGCGGCCAAGCAAACGGGAAUGCCGUCCCCUCCACCCCGAAUCAGUUGAAAGCUCUCUGGAGCCUAUAUGAUGCAUUCUGGCAGCGGCAGGACGAUCUAAUCCUUUUCUCCUCCUUCGAUGAUAUGUGGAAAACAGACGGCCCUGGUACCUAUGGCGCAGAGAAGUUCUGGGGUAUCCUGUUUCGGGGAUAGCUUUUUGUCCUAGGUAUCCCUUUCUCUGGUCUCCUAUGUGCAUAUCACAUCACAAAUUUUUCUUGCUUGUUGAGUGUGAAGCGGUGUAGCUCUCUUCGCCUCGCGUUCCUUUCACGUAUGCACUUAAACACUUCGGGCUACCUGCGCUGGGCGCGGCUAGCUGGAGUUUUGUCUUCUGCUACCCUUCCUGUCAUCUACUUGAGUCAUGUGCUGUGCAUCAUACACGUGCAAUUAUCCUGUACAUAAAAGGAUUUAUUCCAGCAUCGCAGUGAACAUG